CACGCUUCCUCGCUGUCACGUUGUCGUGCCUUUUUCUAUUAUUUUCAUUAGUCUUUCUUCUAUACUGUUAUUUUUAUUAUAAUGUAUGCUUACGUUAUCUACAAGGACGGCGCCAGAGCCGUUGUGUCGCACCGACUGGUCAGGGAUUUCUCUCCUUCGUCUGAGAAAGAUAUCUCAAGCGGCAAAAACAAAAUGAUUUAUUGGCGCGAGAAGAAAGAGAACGGAGACGGCGAUCUUGAGGAUUUCUUUCCUGGGGACGUCAUCGAAUUGGCGGAAUCAAAGCAAGAACUUGCACGGAAAGUGCAGAAACGCCGUCUACGCUGGCCGGAUCAUGUAUUUGAUGAUGUCGUUGGGGUUGCCCCUUGUAAGGAAGAACUAAGCAAUAAAGAAAGAAAGAAAAGGAAGGAGGUGGCCAAACUAAAAGAAAUGAUGGCCAUGACAACGAAUUGGCCUGAAGAUGAUGAAGAUGGGGAUGAGCCAGAAAAAGAUAAGAAGUACGCUCGAUUAGAGCAGGAGAUUAUUUCUCUCCGAAAGAAGUUAGCGGAAGAGAGAAAGAGAAAUCGGGGCCUACAAGACAUUGUGAUCAAAGGAAUGGAAAAAUUGCUGCAGAAAGCAUGCUGCAACCAUAGCUGCACCAAUCAGCAGCAGAAGGUACCAGAGCCAGGUGCACAGGGGUUUUGUGAGCUACUGGAGCAGGACUGGCACGCUGAAGAUGUGGGAGAUGACCUGACCGACAGCCUUCAAGAUACGGCACCACGUGCUGCAACACCAGUGCCACCACCAGCACCAGUAGCAGCAGCAGUAGCAGCACCAACACCACCGCCACCACCAGCACCAGUAGCAGCACCAACACCACCGCCACCACAACCAGCUGUGCUGCUGACACCACCACCGCCAGCUCUGACACCAGUGGCACCACGUGCAGCAAUGCCACUGGUUGCACAGCCAGCAGUAGGAGACAGACCAGGAAAUACUGCAGCUCAGUGCAGCUCUGAAGCAGAGACUACCCAGAGAAACCUUGGGAAUGGCGUUACAGUCUCACAGGAAAAGUGGCGCUACCUGAUGGCCCAGCCCAAAGAUUCCCUUUUUGUGAGGGAAGCAGCGAAGGCAAUAUGGGGGAUCCAGAACCUGUACAACAGGAGUAUCACGGGCACCCCAUGUCGCCGUUUCCUUCACAAGGAGGCGGCUGGGCCAUCAAGCGUCGAAAAACAAGCGCUGACGCCUAGGAAGCUGGAUGCCCUGAGGAAUGCGUAUGAAGAACACCUGAAGGCGCAUGCCAGCAACCUGCCGGACACUCAGCGUCGCCGCAACAUGAACCGGCAUUUGGCGGAUUUGCUGAAGGUGCUCAAGAAAUGAGUGCAGCUUAAAGGCGGGAAUUUUACUUCAUUAUAAAGUUUUCAUUUUUAAA